UUUUGGGGGUUGGGGUAGAGCAGAUAGAGUCAUGCAUGUCAUGCGUCGCCUUAAGAGCAUUGCUUCUGGCCGCUCAUCCAUUUCUGAUCCCGGUGGGGAUUCUGGAACAAAAAGGGCAAAAGUUGAUCAAGAAGUAGAGCAGAAUGUUACUGGGGAAUCUCACUCAAUGGAGAAAUCAACCACAGAGCUUGAGCAGCACAUGGCUUCUACUACUCUUGAAGCUACUGCAGGGACAUCUGAUAUUUCUGCUAUUUCUGAGACUGAAAAGUCUGGUUAUGAUCUGCUUCCAAAAGAAAUGCAUGAAAUGAAGAUAAGAGAUGAUAAUGCUGAUGGCCAUGAUGAGAAGCAGGAUAUAGAAGCUACUCUGGUGAAUGGUAAUGUUGCAGAGACUGGUCAGAUAAUUGCAACAACAAUAGGUGGUCGAAAUGGUCAGCCAAAACAGACAAUUUCAUAUAUGGCAGAACGUGUGGCUGGCACUGGUUCAUUUGGCGUUGUCUUUCAGGCAAAGUGCCUAGAAACAGGUGAAGCAGUUGCUAUAAAAAAGGUCUUGCAAGACAAGAGAUACAAAAACAGAGAACUCCAAAUCAUGCAGUUGCUUGACCACCCUAAUGUGGUUAAGCUGAAGCAGUGUUUCUAUUCUACUACUGAAAAGGAUGAGGUGUACCUUAACCUUGUCCUGGAGUUUGUGUCUGAGACAGUUUAUCGAGUUUCAAAGCACUAUACCAGAACGAGUCAACAUAUGCCCCUUAUAUAUGUGCAGCUUUAUACUUACCAGAUCUGCCGUGCACUUAAUUACAUUCAUAGCGUUAUUGGCGUGUGUCAUCGUGACAUUAAACCACAGAACUUAUUGGUUAAUUCCCAGACUCAUCAACUAAAACUAUGUGAUUUUGGAAGUGCAAAAAUGUUGGUGCCAGGUGAACCAAAUAUAUCAUACAUUUGUUCACGGUAUUAUAGGGCACCUGAACUGAUCUUUGGCGCUACAGAAUACACAACAGCAAUUGAUAUGUGGUCUGUUGGUUGUGUACUAGCUGAGCUUCUCCUAGGACGGCCUCUGUUUCCUGGGGAAAGUGGUAUUGAUCAGCUGGUGGAAAUUAUAAAGGUUCUGGGGACACCAACCAGAGAAGAGACCAAGUGCAUGAAUCCAAACUACACAGAGUUCAAGUUUCCCCAGAUCAAAGCACACCCGUGGCAUAAGGUCUUUCAGAAGCGGAUGCCUCCUGAAUCAAUUGAUCUUGUAUCGAGGCUGCUCCAGUAUUCACCAAAUUUGCGUUGCACUGCUUUGGAGGCAUGUGCACAUCCGUUCUUCAACGAAUUGAGAGAUCCAAAUGCACGCUUGCCAAAUGGAUGCCCUCUUCCUCCAUUAAUCAACUUCACACCCCAAGAACUAGCCGGUGCAUCUCCUGAGCUGCUUCAGCGUCUCAUUCCUGAGUAUGUGAAGAAAUAAAAUUCUCAACUGCCGGUAUGAUUCUGGUAGUAGUUACUAUGUAUGGGCUUAGAGGUCAAAUGGCCUGUAUUGGCCUUGUUGCUUGCUGUGCUUGCCCCGGUUCAAAGCCCGCACAGCCUUCAUCCUGGAGAUAGGACAUGGUGAAGGAAGGCAGACAAUGAAGAUAGUUUGUAGGCGAUGGGAGAUGGUCUGUUUCAAACGAAGGUUCUGAAUGAAUUGACAGAGUUAUGAGGUGCACAGAAUGCAAAUUGUGACUGUGCAUGCCGCAAUUUAUCUAUACCAUGUAUUAUUGUUACAUAACCAAAGUGGAGACACAAGUACACACACCUGCCAAAUC